AUGAAUACGUCAAUCGAGCCCGCGAGCUCCAAAAGGAAGCGCCUGUCUCAUGCAUGUAACAAUUGUCGACAGAAGAAGACUCGUUGUGAUGAACAGCAGCCCUGUCGCCCAUGUGAGCAAGCCGGAGUGGAGUGCAUAACAACCGAUAAGCGUCGAGAUGGCGCGCCCGUCGCCCGACGGCGACGCACUGGUGCCUCGGUUUCAUCUCAGCCACCCACCACACCAAGUUUUUCAAGUCCAUCAAAUGACCACAUUCCAUCUGUUCUAUCUGCGCAAGAUCGCCCACGGCUGUGGUCUCAAUGCUGGGGUCGGGAGCGCUGGAGGACGGGCCGCUUGCCGAUGAUGCCCCGCUUAUCCGGGGGCAGUAUGCUUGAGUUGACAAAUGAAUGGCUGAAUCUUGCUUUUUAUCGGAUGAAAGCGAGGCGAAACUAUUCUAUUGCUCCCGUCAUCGAUGACCGAUUCUCGAACUCUUUACCUCGCUGUGCUCCCAAUCUCCCUUCCCCGACGCAGACUCGGGGCUUUAUCGACUCUUAUUUUGCUACCAUUCACUGUUUGUUUUCAUUCGUUGAUCGCAGUACUGUGGAAGAUAUCUAUGACUGCGAUUUGACUCGAUCUGAAGGCUCCUCGCUCGUGUCUGAAAGCUCAAAUCCCUGUCGGGUGGCGUUAAUAUAUUUGACUGUAGCGGGUGGGAUAUUGGUCACGCCCGCGUCAGAAACAUCUCAAAAGCAAAUCCCAACCUAUCUCACAUAUUGCAACACGCUAUUAGGCCAUCUUGUUGCGACCCGUGCCUUGGAAUCAGUUCAAGCAAUACUUUUGUUUGCGAUAAUCCUACGCUGCUGCGACAGGGUUGCUUGGGCAUGGGAUCUUCUCACGAUGGGGGUUUCAAUGGCAAAGUCUAUGGGAAUCAACCAGGUCGAAGAAGGUGGCUUCCAGCAGACGCGCUCGUCCAAUGCAAGCGACGGAGUUGCCGCCAAGACAUGGCGCACCAUGUAUGUUUUCGAAAAGAUUCUCGCCUUUGAGAGUGGUCGACCUUCCAUGGUCUGGGAUCACAAGCUCUCGAAGGGACGCGAGAAACAACAGACAACGGGAAUGAAGAAGGAAACCGAGUUUGAGUUCCAGGACGCCCUGCUCAGAUUAGCCAAUGUCCUCCAUGAAAUGCAGGAACGUUCAGCGCAGGCUUGGCAUAGAGAAGAAUCGCUACCCCAGUCGGUAGAUGAGGCAAUCGAAGAGAAAAUACGAACAGGAGGAGAGCUAGCCUUGCUGCUUGGGAAUUGGAGGGAAAAUCUACCCUUGCAACAUAACGCAUUACUGGUCAACAAAGACGAACUGUUUGAAGUUGUUGAUAAAUAUGCAACAGGCAAGCCGUGGAAACAGCGGCUUCUUGACAGCCCAGUGGUGGUAAUUGAGGCCGCUAGGGACUUAGUGAGGCUUUUAGUCGAGCUUGUCGACUUGGGAACACCCAACUUUCUGUCGACACUUGCCUCUCCACUUAAUGCAGUCGGCGUGCUUGCUGUGCACAUUAUGCGUGAGCGUGGGUCACUACUGAUUCGAUCCGAAUAUGAGUUGAUGAAAGUUGCCACACAGCUCACUCGAGCCUUUUACCACAAACAUGGGGCAAUGUGCAACGCCGAUGAUUUCCUUGACAAUUUGGAUCAAUAUAUACUAUCUUGGCUUGAAGAGCCGAUGCCAAGGCUGAGCGAUCAGUCGACUAUAAGUCCUACGGCUGCAUUCAAUGAAGAAACAAUUGAUCUCGCCCAGGAUCAUUUUCUCCCAUCUUGGGGCCAAUCCUCUCUUGACUGGGCUGGAUGGGACUGGAAUGACCUAAGUCAUCUGUUCGAACAUAGCGAGUGA